UCUCUCUCUCUUUACGACCGAAGGCGGCAAAGUUCAGAAAUGGACGCCAUCGCCACCGUUGCUCUCUUCGUCAAUUCACUUCUCCUCAUUCACCUCGCCAGCAGCACCACCGCAGCGGCACCACCACUGCUUCCACCGACUAGCUGUUCGACCGCGAUCAUCCUGUUCUCGCCAUGCCUCCCUUACAUCUCGUCGCCGCCGAACGACCUGGACUCGAGGGUGACUCCGUAUUGCUGCAGGGCCUACUCCUUGGUGCUCGUCUCCGGCUCCGGCAUCUGCCUCUGUUACCUCCUACGGGAGCCUGAUAUGCUCGGAUUCCCUCUCAACAACACCAGGCUCAUCUCUCUGUCAUCUGAUUGCUCUCUCCUGAAUGUGAGCUUCGUGAACAGAGGAUCGUUGGAGUCUCUCUGUUCAGCUUCACCACCGCUGCCUCCGCUCAGCAGCAGCAAUGGAGGCUCGGAUGUUCAAGCUGCACCUGAUACCAUCAAGCUCUCUGUUGCUGCAAUUUUAGGUCCAGCCAGCACUCCAUCCCUAGAUACAAGCCCGCCACCCGACUACGCUACCAGUUCAGGAGAAGCACCAAGCUUUGCUCCAGAAGCAGCGGAUAUCUCACCAGACUCAUUAUCAGGAGAAGAAGCGGUGGACUCGUCUGCAACACAGCAUAUCAAUACCAGAAAGAGGAGCCGACUUCUAGCAAGUACAGUAAAUAUGCUACUUGCCAUAAUUGUUGGUCAUUUAUAA